AUCGACAUCACUCCCUCAGUGCCGAGUGAGUCGCCGUGAGGGGUGCGCGCUACCCCUCAUGAAACGGCUCCGAUUUCGAACCGCCAACUGCCGAUGUGUUUUGUAUUGUGAUUUUUUAAAAUGGCUUCACCCAAAGAGAAACGCGACUCUUGCGGCAAAAUUCGUCGCUGGUGCCGGAGCCGACGCGCCCAGCUUUGGAGGCUGCUUCUGCUGCCGUUCAUACCGAUUCUGGCCCUCAUCAUACAAACCACUCUGUCUUUGAAAAACAGCCUCACCAACGGACGGGAGGUCGCCGAUGUUGAGGAACAGGUCAGCAGAGCAACAGAACUGGGCAAGCUGGUCACCAGACUCCAACAGGAAAGAUCCGAAGUGGCUUUCUUCAUUUUUACUAAUGGCAGCACGUUAAGGUCAAACUUGUACCAGCGGUUUGCGGACACAGACAGCGCUAUCCAACAGAUGGGUGACCUUCCAAACCUCACCUUCAAGAACAGGUCCAAGCCUGUCGACGGCGAGAGUUUCAAAAACGAACUCCUGGAUCUUAGGGCGAGCAUAAACGAUGGUACGUCUAUGACAGAAGUGGUAGAAUGGUAUACGAACGCAAAUGCAGCCUUUUUGAGCCACCUGACCAAGGAGAUCAAGGACACUGACAGCAGCACCAUAUGGAGAUAUUUGGUGGGGUUCAAGAAUUUGUUACGAAGCAUCGAGUGUAAAGGGAUAGCUUCAGUUCUGGGCAUCAAUUAUUUUGCCAGAGGAUCUUUGCAACCAAGAGCUCACGAGAGGUACAUAGCUCACAUGGUGCUUGGCAGAGAUCUCCUGGACAACACACUAAACUUGGUGCCUUCGUUGAUUCCACUCCAUAAGGACAUCAAAGAAGACAGCCCAGAGUACCAGGUCUUAGAAAAGAAGAACCAACAGAUUGUAGACAACCGUCACCAGCCAGGAAGUGUCAACGACGCCAUUGAAUAUUUCGACCAGACAGCCACGUUGCUGGACAAGUUGAGGGCUGUACAGAAACAACUCCGGGAAUACAUCAGAGAUGGCGUCAACGAAAGUCUCCGGGAAGCUCGUCGCAGCGAAGCCGUAUGCGCGGCCAUCUUGGUUCUCGUGUGUGUGGUAUCUCCUAUCAUCAUUGCUUUAGUCACAAACGCUGUCAACACUAUACAGGUCUACGCAAGAAAUCUAUCAGAAAAGGCCAGAGAACUGGAAUACGAGAAGGAACUGAGUGAUUCUUUGCUAUAUCAGAUGCUUCCCGCCAGUGUCGCGAAGCAGCUCAAGCAGACACAACAGGUGCCAGCCGAGUUUUUUGCCUCCGUUACUGUUUACUUCAGUGAUAUUGUCGGCUUCACGGCCAUUGCUGCUGUAUCGACGCCUUAUCAGGUUAUUAGCUUCCUGAACUCAGUAUACAAGUUAUUCGACGAGCGAAUUGAAUGCUAUGAUGUCUACAAAAUAGAAACGAUCGGAGAUUCAUAUAUGGUGGCGUCUGGUCUACCAGUGCGAAACGGUAACGUUAAGGGCAACAAACACGCAACAGAGAUAGCCAGUAUGGCAUUAGAGCUGCUGGAAGCGACUUCUAUGUGUCGACUGCCGCACAGACCCGAUCAGACCCUGUGCAUGAGGAGUGGGAUCCACACGGGGCCGUGUGUCGCCGGCAUCGUCGGCAGCAAGAUGCCUCGGUACUGCCUUUUUGGAGAUACCAUCAACACAGCUAGCCGCAUGGAGAGCACGGGCGAACCAAUGAAGAUUCAGAUUUCAGAAGAUGUGAAGAGAGCGUUAGACAAAUCGGGAAAUUUUGUGACUACGCCCAGAGGCGUUGUGGACGUUAAGGGUAAAGGGGAAAUGAUGACGCAUUGGCUUGAAGGCAGAACUGGACCAUCCCCAGUCAGGCCCACCACCUCCUUGGAUUGCACGCCUGGCUUCCUCACCCGGAUGCACUCGCAGAAGAAAACGUCACCCAGAUACCAACCAGAGUCGAAGAGAAACCAUUGAAAAUAGAAUGAGUUCUAAAAAAUGAAUUUAUGUAAAUAUUUGACAUCGAACUGGUUCGUCAGAAUUUUGAUAUUUAAAAAAAUAUAUCCAGGAAAUAUAUAUAUUAUAUUAGUGGUAGGUAGGCAAAAGUAGGGCGUUUAUAUUGUUAAUAAAAAAAAACAAAAUUAAAACCUUUAAUUUUAUUACUAAACACACUGCGAAUGUCGUUAGAUCAAUUCCAAAAAUUAAACGUAGUUUCUUGAUGUGAUUUUGAAUAUCUAUUAGAAUGCUUAAUUAAAAUGUUGCAGUUUUGUCUAUUGACGGCAUUUAGUCCUAUUGGGCAUUUUAAAAAUAAUUAAAUUGUGUUUAAGAAAUAAAUGUAUUUAAAUGUUAGUGACACUAAAAGACUGGCAGUCAAUCAUCGGCCUAGAUAGAGGAAAGAAAAAUAAAAAGCGAUUUAAAUAAUUUUCAUUCUAUACGUUGUAACUUAUCGUAAGAACAAUUAAAUCAAUUUAUUAUCGAUUUUAUUAUAACAUCACAUAGCCUCUAUCAAUGCAACUUGAUACCUCACACAUUGUUAUUUUAUAUGUCAUUUAAGAAUUAACAUACAUGCACCAUGGAGCAUAACACGCCUUUUUUGGGCAAUCGCGUAAAAAUAAAACUGGAUUUUUCUUGGGGAAGAACUUUUUUCGCAUUGUGAGAUUGUGUUCCUUGUAUUAUUAUUUAUUGUAUUAAAUCUGUACUUUUUGUAUUAGUAUAACAUAACAUAAAA